GUGAGCUGGGCCUCAGUGAGGAUGCAGGGGGACAUUAAGAGACAGCAGCAGCAGCAGGUGAUUAGUCAGCUGCUGAAGAGGCCGUUGGACAGUUUCUUUGACAACCUCCCGGCCCUCAAGUCACCCAUACUGGUGUCGGGGCCUCGCCUCGCAGGCACCUCCGAGGACAGCUUCAGCCGCCAUUUUGAGAGCAUCAUGGAGUCACACCGCGCCAAGGGCACGUCCUACGGCAGCCUGGACCUGGACAGUGAGGAGCUGCUGACCUCCAGCACCCAGACCAUCCUGACCUUUGACCUCCCCACGCUGACCCCAGAGAUCCAGGGGGGUCAGAUGAUCUGUCAGAGCGCCCGGCAGAUUGUCAAGCUGAGCUUCGCCCCACUGGCCCACUGCGAGAGGGGGACAAGCCUAUCGGAUUCCAUCGUCACAGUGACAGGAGACUCGGACGCCACGCGUGCCCCCUCCAGCGAAAGGCUGAGCAGUAGCCCGGAUGACACGCCCCUGCGAGGGGGAGGGGGCAGGGCACGGAUGCUGGGGAGCAGCUGGUACAGCAACCCCACAUUCUCCUUCCCUAGGUCAGUGAUGUCAUACAGCAGCAACCCCUCCCUCUCUUUCCACAGGUCAGUGAUGUCAUCCUUACUGUUCUGA